AUGCAUUCCGUCACGCUGUUGCUGUUGGCUGUGGUCUUGUACACAGGGGCAGCGGUUGUCCCGCGCCGUUCCACGGUUCAAGAGGGGGACGACGUAUUCGUGACUGUGGAGAACGGAGUUCUGAGGGGCGUGGUAGCCACAUCACUGAACGGCGCUCUCUACAACCAGUUCCUGGGCGUACCAUACGCCACACCGCCGCUGGGAGAUCUGCGAUUCCGUGCCCCGCAGCCAGCGGCCUCGUGGUCCGGUAUUCGAGAUGCCCUGUCCUUUGCCGACAUGUGCACUCAGCCCGGCCUUAUGGGCCUGUUGCCCAAUGCUACCGGCUCCGAAGACUGCCUUUACCUGAACGUCUACGUACCGGCUGCGGCGAGUGGUCCUCUGCCAGUCAUGUUUUACAUCCACGGCGGCGGCUUCAAGUUUGGACAUCCCUUCUUCAGCAAUCCGGACUACUUAGUGGAGAAGGGUGUUGUGUUGGUCACAAUCUCUUAUCGCCUUGGUGCCCUUGGCUUCCUGAGCCUGAUGAACGACGACAUCCCGGGCAAUGCGGGGCUCAAAGACCAGGUGCUGGCGCUGCAGUGGGUGCAGAGAAACAUCGCGGCCUUCGGUGGAGAUCCCAGCAAGGUCGCCAUCUUUGGGGGGAGUGCAGGAGCUGGCUCCACAUCACAUCUCUUCCUCUCGCCGGUGACCAAGGGGCUCUUCAGCGAAGUGAUUAUGGAAAGUGGGGUGGCAACAGCCCCUUGGGCGCUGACGGACAAGCCGCGCGAGAGGGCUUACCGCAUGGGAGAGGCGCUCGGCUUCCAGACGCAGGGCGAUAACCACACUGACGACGACGACGCGCGACUGUCUGCCUUCCUUCGCGCCGCCAACGCCUCCGACCUCGCCAGGGAUGACACUAUCGCCCUCACGGAAUUCGAGAAGCGCUGUCCCCUGCCGCUGGCUUUCCUGCCCGUCGUGGAGCCGCCCUCGGACUCUGCGGUGAUCGCCGAGCCUCCAGCGGACAGGCUGAGAGCCGGCAGCUACAACCGAGUUCCCAUCAUGCUGGGCGUCACCUCCGGAGAAGGAUUAGUCAUACUUGGAAACUCCAAACUGCUGACGGAGGCGGGAGUCGCCGACAUGAAGGAGAACUUCACGGCAAUGAUCGCUCCUCAGCUGCCGCUGCCCACGGGGGAACAGCGGACUCGCGCGGCGGAACAGCUGGAGCAGUUCUACUUUGGGGACGAGGGCUUCUCUAUGGAGCAGAUGCAGUCCGUUAUUGAUUUGUUUUCCGACGUCUACUUCAUUAAUGCAGCGGACUCCUUCGCUAGAGCAGUGGUGAACGCCAGUACUAUACCUGUUUUUUUCUACUACUUCGACUACAAUGGCACCGGCUCCACGGAAUAUGGUAUGCAACAUGGAGGAGAAGGUUCAUAUCUCUUUCCUAGCGUCUUACUUGGACCAGACACGGACCCUAAUUCCAACGAUGGGAAGGUAGCAGAUCAGUUGACAAGUUUAUGGACCAAUUUCGCUAAAUAUGGCGAUCCAGCACCAUCUGGAAAUCCAGCAGUGUGGGAGAAGUUCUUGGCAAAUGCUACCAACUAUCUGGAUAUGGAACUGGAAUUUGUGACACGUCAAGACAUGCUGAAGGAACGGAUGGAUUUCUGGAGAGAACUUCUAUCGUCACAAUGAGUUACAUGCUGUGGUACACAUUGUUUGCU